AAGUGUGGCUGAGGACGGCACUUCCGGGUUUCCUUUGAUCAGUACGAAGCUGGACGUGUAACCGACGCAGUUCUCUCUCAGAUAAACAAGCGUCCUUGGCGCAGUAUAAUUUCGAUGUUCUUUGUUUCUCUUGUUUAAAAUGAGUGCGGAAAAAUACCCCCGGUCGUCCAUAGAGGAUGACUUUAACUAUGGCACAAAUGUGGCGACGGCAAGCGUGCAGAUCCGAAUGGAUUUUCUGCGGAAGGUGUACUCCAUCCUCUCCAUCCAGAUAAUCCUGACCACAGCUACAUCUGCCCUCUUUAUGUACUCUGACACGAUCAAGAACUUCAUUCACGCAUGCCCCUCCUUGGUCUUGGUGUCAGCGAUUGGCUCGCUGGGUCUGAUUUUCGCUCUAGCCAUCUACAGGCACCAGCACCCUAUCAACUUGUAUCUGCUCUUGGGAUUUACACUUCUGGAAGCAAUUUCUGUUGCUACUGCUGUGACCUUCUACGAGUACGCCGUGGUGUUUCAGGCCUUCGUGCUGACGGCGGCUGUGUUCCUGGUGCUGACUGCCUACACCUUCCAGUCAAAGAGAGAUUUCAGCAAGCUGGGAGCCGGACUGUUUAGUGUCCUGUGGGUUCUGAUCAUCGCCAGCUUUAUGAGACUCUUCUUCUACAAUGAGACGGUAGAGCUGGUAUUCGCUGGGGCAGGGGCCCUGCUCUUCUGCGGCUUCAUUAUCUACGACACACACCUGAUCAUGCACCAGCUCUCCCCGGAGGAACACAUCCUGGCCUCCAUCAACCUGUACCUGGACAUCAUCAACCUAUUCCUGCACAUCCUCCGCAUCCUGGAGUCUUUGAAGAAGAACUGAGCCCACCUGCUGCCCUCUGGUGGUGAAAGAUAACACUGGCUGGAGAAGAUUCCCUAACUGAUAAUAAAUAAUCAGUUUGCCAGUGACCUUUACCUGUGUUCUGUAAUGUGUACAUAUUUUUCUGGCCAUCUCUUGACCUGAUUAGCAGGGUGUUUAGAUUAGCUUGCAUUUUAAAGCAUUGAAUCAGUUACCGAGGACUCAAGAAGAAUUAUGCAUUACCCUAGAAGUAAUUCAAAUAAAACUUAGCACAACAUAAAUUGAUGAUCUGAUCAUAACAGUCAAUAAAGUUAUAAUGAAUGCUGUAGCUUGGCUACGAAAACUGUUUAAUGAACAGAAUAAGUGAAUACUUUGGACUAUUUAGUGAUAUUGUUUUUUUUUUUUACCAAUUAUCCAGCUUAAUUUACUUGGCAGAUUAGUAGUAAGUGUGUUUAAGUUAUACCAGUGAAAGUGUUUAGGGGAAUAUGAAUGUGGAAAAAAAUUGUACUAUGGGUUCACAGCUAGAAUAGUUUACUUAAAUAUUAAAAAAAAAUACUAUGUACUGCUGACUGCAGGUGGUGGUUUCAUUCUUAAGAUUCAUGUUGCCCCAGUACAACCCCCCCCCCUCAUAAGUUCAUAAAUAUGUUUAUGGGCUUUUUUUAAUAUUUAUUUUAAUUCUGUUUUUAUUAAGCUAUAUUAUAAGUGGUGUUAAAGGGAUACAUUAAGGGCAGAUGUGUGUUUACACUGAGAAUUUGCAUCAGAUUAUAUAAUUUGAGUUCAUCUCUUUACAUACAUUUAUAAUGAAGACCGCAAGUGCAAUAUUAAUUAUAAUGAGUAAUGUAGUGACUUAUGUUUAAAUUGUGACCCUGUUGUGAGUAUGUGUAUGUUGGUGUUCAAAAUAAAUAGCUAUGUGAAA